UCCCCCUCCACACCUACCUUGUCCCUCCUCCUCGUUACUGACCCGCCCUGCGGGUUUCCCUGUGCCACUGCAGUGAAACCGACGGUAAAAGAGAGAGAGGAUCAGUUAAAAAAGUAAACAAGAACCUGAAUAUCACGAGCGCCGUGUUUUGUAAUAGCGAAACCCCCUUUUUAUAUAGUUUUUUCCCCCAUUCCGUUCACAUCUCCGGGUCAACCCAUUUCGUCAUCCAACCGGCAAAAUGGGAAAUGAGGCAAGUUACCCCCUGGAAAUGUGCUCGCAUUUCGAUGCUGAUGAGAUUAAGCGUCUGGGAAAGAGGUUUAAGAAACUGGACCUAGAUAACUCUGGAUCCCUUAGCGUGGAGGAGUUCAUGUCCCUGCCAGAACUUCAGCAGAACCCUCUGGUUCAGAGGGUCAUCGACAUCUUCGACACCGAUGGAAACGGAGAGGUGGACUUCAAGGAAUUCAUUGAGGGAGUCUCACAAUUCAGUGUCAAGGGGGACAAGGAGUCAAAGCUUCGGUUUGCCUUCCGGAUCUACGACAUGGACAAGGAUGGCUACAUCUCCAAUGGGGAGCUCUUCCAGGUGCUGAAGAUGAUGGUAGGAAACAACCUGAAGGACACACAGCUCCAGCAGAUCGUGGACAAGACCAUCAUCAACGCAGACAAGGACGGAGACGGCAGGAUAUCCUUCGAAGAGUUCUGCUUAGUGGUGGGUGGCCUUGACAUACACAAAAAGAUGGUGGUAGACGUGUGAGCCUGUCCCUCCGCUCCUCUCCCUCCCUCGCUUUCUUCUCCAUCGGUCUCUGAAGAUCUGCUCAAGACGUCUGGCAAACACUUUGUGUAUUUCAAUGGAAGUAUUCUCUCUCCCCGUGAAGCUACUUUUUUUCUAAACAAGCCACAAGCUUCGCGAAGCCAAUUUAGUUGUGUUAUUGAACUCCUAUCCUCUCAAUAACCUGAAGGACAGCUAUUCUCGUUUGUAAGAGCAUCCCAGUUUGAGGGAGGGAGGGAGGGGAAAGGGUGGCUUGAUUAUAUUUUGUUUUGUAAUGUUAUUUUUUAAAUAUUUAUUUUUGUUCUGGUCUCUUUUUUUUAUAGACAAGUAUAUCUAUAAUGUUUAUUUUGUGGGGAAAUGUGUCGUUAUCUGAGGUGUUGCGUUUAAAUAAUAUACUUGAUUUCGGUUACAAUUCAAAACGUAGGGUAUAAAGUGCCAACCAGGACAUAUCGUAUUGUUAUUAUUAAGUAUCCACCAUUGCUGUCAGUGAUGAGUCAAACACUCACUGCAUGAUCACUAAUGGUUAGAUGCAAAUUUCAUUUUCAAAAAUAAACAGCAGUUUCUUUUGCACUAUUUGACUCUUGAACAGGUUGGAUUAAACCAUUUGACUCUUGAGCAGGUUGGAUUAGAUCAAUUAAGCCAUUUGACUAUUGAUCAAGUUGGAUUAGAUCAAUCAAGCCAUUUGAAUCUUGAUCAAGUUGGAUUAGAUAAAUUAAACCAUUUGACUCUUGAGCAGGUUGGAUUAGAUAAAUUAAACCACUUGACUCUUGAGCAGGUUGGAUUAGAUAAAUUAAGACAUUUGACUCUUGAGCAGGUUGGAUUAGAUAAAUUAAACCACUUGACUCUUGAGCAGGUUGAUUAGAUCAAUUAAGUUUCUGAUCACAUUAAAUAUACAAUACCUGUUGGAAGCUUAGAGUGAUAGGAUGUUUUAUUUAUAUAUGUUUAUACUUUGAGAUUAUUAUUCUAAACGUAGAGAUAGAUACCAAGAAAGUGAUGUCUUUGCAUACUUAUUUGUAUUUUACUUUAACGACACGUUUUCACGUUGAACCAUAUGACAAUCCCCCAAUGUAAAUGGGCGGCAGGUAGCCUAGCAGUCAGAGGCGAGCCAGCAACCGGAGGGUUGCUAGUUUGAAUCCCGGGUCUGACGGGAAAAAUCUGGAGGGAAGUGAGCUGGUAACCAGAGGGUUGCUGCUGGUGUCAAAUCCUAGAUGGCAUAACCUGCCGUUGUACCCUUGAGCAAGACCCUUAAUCCCCCCACAGCAACUGCUCCACGGGCGCCGUAGUAUGGCAGAGUCCCCUGCUCUAACCUCUGUGUGUGUGUGUCUUGGGAUUAAGUCAAAUGUUCCGUUGGACCUUGUGUACAAUUGAAUGAAUUAAAGGAUAUUGUACAGCUUGAUCACUCAAGUUGGGGAAAAAAUCUCUUAACAUGGACCAUCUAUGUAUUUGUAUUUUAUUAAAUUUUGAACUGAGGAACAUUCUAAAAUAUCGAGAUGAGAAAGAUUUAAUGAAUGUCAGUUAGUUAGACUCAACUGCAGGCAGCAUAUUAACUGUAUAUUAGGUCAAUGUUUGCUCAUCUCAGAGAGGCUGCAGCAGGCAAUGUUAAAACAGCCCAUGAAUAGUGCAGUUAGAAUAGAGGGUUCUUUCUAAUGCAACAAUGGGAGUUACUCGUAAACUUGACAUGAUAAAUGGGAAUACUGUACAUUAGAAAGGGAAGAUUUAAGAACCCAUCACGAUCGCUUCAUCGGUCCUCUCCCUACGUGGUAUUCACAGUAGGGAGAAUGACACAAGUUUAACCAAACUGCAAUUUAAGGUGAAAUGCGCAUCCCGAAAAAAUAAUUGUAACAAAAUGGCGGCGGGUUGCAUUUUAAUGAUUCGAUAGUUGGUUUGGAAACCAUUGUUUUUAGUGAGACGUCUCAAAUGCCUCCCUGCUCCCUAUAUAGUGUACUACUUUUUAACCAGGGCCCAAUGCUCAGGUCAAAAUAAGUUCAUAUAGGGCACUGUACAAGUGGCUUUGCUUGGGCCUCCUAUGUUUGCAUGAUGAUUUUCCUUGUGCACGUAGAUGAUCCAUUUAAAUAAUCCUCGUUAAACACGUGAAUGGUGAGGUCAGUAAUAAUGAUAUUUAAUAAUCUACUGGGAAACAUAAAUGGAUUUUGUCCAACUUUGUUAAAUGUUCACAUUAUGAGCAGUAAUCCAAACAACCUGGAACUACACGUUAACUUUGUAUUCCCCCCCCCCACCCCGAUCAGUGAGAUGAUGCUUCUGGUCCCAAAGGCAACCGCCACUCACUGUACUCUGCACUGUUUUGUAUAGAAGCUUUCCUUUCCGUCAUCUAUAUAGUUCAGAAUUUAGUUCUGCAAGUACUACUUUCUCUGAAGGGGACUCGGUGCUUUUUAGUUUGUGUGGAAACUGAAACGGUUAAGUUUGACUAAUAGUUAUUUUCCCCUUUCUCUGCAUGCUGCAUCUGAUGCUGUGGGACUGUUGGAAACUUGAUAUUGUAUGAAAAAAAUAAACACACUUUGAAACAUUUUAA